UUCUGAUAGAUCGCUAUGAAAAGUUCUGUCCGAGAGCGGCCACAAGUGUCAAAACCGUCAAACCAAAUGCUAUGGGUACAACUUCUGCACAGUCCGAGGAACCACGCUGUUACAACUGUUCACCAUUCGGCCACUACCAAUCUCAGUGCCCGAAGCCUAAGCGAGCAAUGGGUUCUUGCUUUAAAUGUGGGGAGUUGGGACACCUUUACCAGACUUGCCCGAAACGAGGUUUGGUCGCAGCUGUCAACAAUCCGGAGCAGAGGUCAACAUGUGAUGAGGAGGAAGCCGAAUUAGUUAGAGCAGUUCGUGAACUUCAAACGUCCGAGAAGUUUUAUUAAGAGGUCCUGUGUCCCAAAUAUGAAGCAUAAAAAGUUAGAGCGGUCGAAAUAUAAAGGAGUAGGUAACUCUCAAAUUUGGACUUAUGGUAAUGUUAGAUGUAUUGUACAAUUUCAUAAUCAGUGUGUUUCACAGGAACUAUCUGUAUUGCCGGAUACUGCUAUUGAUGUACCAUUGCUGAUAGGACGGGAUCUCUUGAAGAAAUUCAAUAUAUUUUUGUGUAAAGUUAAAACUAAAAUUAAAUAUUCCAAAAGUGAAUUGAUAAAAAUUAAAAAUGCCACUCAGAUGAAAUAUUCAGAGAACUUAAACCAUGGUGCUCUUGCCUUGUUUAAUUUAAGGAAAU